AUGAUAUUCUCCUUUGGCCGCAGCAGCUCCUCUUCGGAGAAGAAGGAGAAGAAGGAUAAGGAUAAGGAGGGCAAGUCGGGCAGGGCAAAGCUCUUCACUGGCUCCAGUAGUUCGCAGUCUAAGGAGAAGGACGCCGCGGCAGCUGCCGCCGCCGCCAAGAAAAAGUCUAAAGAGAAGGAGAGGGAUAAAGAGAAAGAUAAGGAUAAGGACACGCCAAAGCUGUCGACGAACAGUCUGAUCACCACGGCGAGCGGCACCGCCGUUGAGCCCGACCUGUACUCUGGUUGGGUGUACGAGUUUAUCGGCGAGUACGAGGAGCGGGAGAAGAAUGGCUUCCUCUCGCAGCUAGUCCACGUUGUGCUGCGCGGUACUCGGCUCACCAUCUACACGCCUGCAACUGAGUUGAAUGAGAAGAAGUUGAAGGCACUCUUGGCGGCGGAAAACAGUAGUGGCGGUGGCAGUGGGAGCAGUAGUAGCGGCAGUGGCAGCAGCAGCAGCAAGGCCCAGCCAGGCGUCACCUUUGCCAGCCAGCGAGUCAUCGAGUUCAGUCGGCAGAGUCGUAAGCCACGUGUCAGUUUGCUGCUGACGAAGAAUGUGCGCAAUCAGCGAAAGUACGUCUGGAGCAAGAAGUACCCCGUCUGUUUGGAGUUUGUCGAUGAUCGGGCCACCAGUGGCGGCGGCUACAUUGUCGUGGGAAAGAGCAACGACGAGGCAGCACCACCACUGCGCGGAGGCUCUUCCUCCUCCUCCAAUGAGUCCUCGUCGAGUCUGGUGGACGCGGUGACCAUGCCACUGCAGACAACCACCCCAUUCUCCACCACCUCCUCCUCCGCCUCUCCGGUGCCGCUGAAGCUGGUCCUUUUUGCGCGAAGCUGUCGCGAGAAGGAAGAGUGGUUUUGGGCUAUGAAGAUGGCGGUGGACAUGGCUUCGAAGGGCGGCAGCACUGACGUCUCGCCAAAGAGCUCCAAUCUGAACAUUGCAGACUCGACAACGCAGCUGCUGACGACGACCACCACCACGACUAUAACCAGCACAACCAGCGAGCAGACGGAGGACUUCAGCAGCGGCAGUGCCCAGCAGUACCUUCGCAUUCUCACGCGGCGCCUCAACUACAGCGCCUUCAUGCGCGCCAAUGUGCUGAGCGGAGAGGGCGGCGGUGGUGGCCUGGGCGCUUCCGGCAUGCACCAGAAUCCGCUCACCUGGUUCAACGUCCUCCUCAACCGCCUUUCCUUUGACAUUCUCAACAAACCCAACUGGAGUGCCUACAUUGCAAAGAAGUUGCAGCGAAAGCUGCGCAAGCUCCGUUUGCCCUACUUUAUGGAGUCGCUCACCAUCACCGAGAUUGACAUAGGCACGACUCUGCCCAAAUUCAACUCAGUGCCCACUCCUCCCGUGGUCGACGAUGCCGGCUUGUGGAUCGACUUUGAUGUCAGCUACUCAGGCGGCUUCACCAUGACGCUGGAAACGAAGCUCAACUUGAUGAAGCUGAAGAAAGCCGAAUCGACGGCUGCCGUCGAAUCGAUAUCACUGUCGACGUUAAGUGCCGCCGAAUCUGGCAGGCACUCCAGCGGAGUGAACACGCCCACCGGUCUGGAAUCACCCCUAGUCUCGCCCACUGCAGCUAAUCUGCCCAAGCAGAUGAAGCACUGGUGCGGCUACAAGUUUCGCACCUCUACGGUCUCCUCGGUGGCCAGCAAUGCCAGCAACAGCGGGGCAGCGGCGGGGGCAGGGACUGGAGCAAGCGGCGCCAACGAUGAGACCGCCGCCUCGGUGGACAGCGACUCUGACCUGGACUCCAUUGGAACGAGCUCAGAGGACGAGGAGCCGGAGACGGCGCCCGCUGACCCUGAUGACGCCGACACUGAUGAGAAGCAGCGGAAGUUGAUUCGCUUCGUCAACAAGAUCGCCUCCAGUCAGUACUUUCAGAAGGCGACGCAGAUUAACUUCUUCAAGAAGGCCAUUGAGGGCGUCUCUAAGAUGUCCAUCAUGCUGACGGUGCAGAUCAACUCGCUCAGUGGCAUUUUAGCUAUCAACAUUCCCGAGUCACCCUCUGACCGCCUGUGGUACGGCUUUCGCAAUGACCCGACCUUUCAGAUCACCGCUCGGCCCAAGGUGGGCGACCAUGAUCUGAAUCUGCACUACGUGACCAACUUUAUCGAGAAGAAGCUCCGUGCAGAGUUCUUCAACUAUUUUGUCAUUCCGCACAUGGACGACUUUUAUAUUCCGGCACUGAAUGCCAACAUUGAGCAGUACGUCUCAGUGGUGCCCUAG